AUGGGGACGACCGAAAAAACGGAUACUCCAUCACUGGAACAGGAUGAAGCCGUCCCGGCACAAACAGGACAAGAUGCUGUUGAGGGUGCAGAGCCAGUAAAACCGGUUCCAAAUGGGGGAUUACAAGCGUGGCUCAGUGUACUCGCUGGGUUCUGUGUGUUUGUAAAUUCAUGGGGACUGCUUGCUUCGUAUGGCGCAUUCCAAGAGUACUAUCAGACGGUACUUCUGACAUCGCAGUCGCCAUCGUCCAUUUCCUGGGUAGGCAGUGUGCAGGCGACAUUGAUCGUCAUGGUUGGCGUCGUGACUGGUCCGCUGGUUGAUUCAGGAUAUCUGCGGGUUCUGAUCACCGUUGGAAUGACUCUGGUGGUCAUUGGGAUCAUGAUGACCAGUCUGGCGACGCAGUACUACCAGAUCAUCAUGGCUCAAGGCUUCUGUGUCGGUAUCGGCGGUGGCAUCGCCUAUAUCCCCGCGAUGGUGGUCAUCUCGUCCAACUUUACCACGAAACGGCCCAUCGCAAUCGGCUGCGCGGCCAUCGGCUCGAGCGUCGGCAGCGUCGUCUUCCCCAUCAUGUUUCGCCAACUGCAACCGCGCAUUGGGUUCCCCUGGACAGUCCGCAGCAUCGGCUUCAUCAAUCUAUUCCUCGCAAUCAUCACCUGCCUCAUCCUCUGCCGGAAACCAGGCAGGAAGACGCGCGCCCGCAGCAUGAUCGAAUGGCGCGCCUUCGCCGACCUCCCCUUCAUGCUCUUCUCGACCUCCCUCACCUGCGUCAUGCUCGCCUACUACAUCCCGCUCUUCUACGUCCCCUCCUACGCGCGCACCCAGCUCCACACCACCCGCAGCCUCUCCUUCUACAUGGUCGCCAUCAUCAACGGCGCCUCCGCCUUCGGCCGCGUCGUCCCCUACCUCCUCAGCGCGUACAUCCCCCCCAUCGCCAUCCUCCUCCUGGGCGUCGCCGGCUCCGCACUGGCCAUGUUCACCUGGAUCGCGGCGACCAAUCUCCCCGGGUUCAUCGUCUGGGCGUGCUACUGGGGGUUUCUCAGCGGGGUGCUGGUGACCGCGCCGACGGCGAUCAUCGGACAUCCGGCGCUGUGUCCUGACCCGAAUUACCUGGGGACGCGCAUGGGGAUGAUGUGGGGGAUCAGUCGAGUUGUCAAUCUUGACGAUCUGCACUACACCACUGCGCAGCACAACAGCACAACAGCACACCAGCACACCAGCACACCACAGCGUCACAGUGCUUAUAACUACGAAAUGGCAAUCUUAUUACGGAGAGACUGCGACGCGAGUAACCCCAACUCCUCCGCUUGCGAGAAACCGGUCAGCGACUUCCUCAAGACAGGCGUGCCGGGGAUUAUCGUGGGGAUACUCGUCCUGAUUGCCAUCUGUGUGUGCUGUUAUCUCCUCUACCGGAACAAGAAGCAAGACGCGCGCGAGGCGGAGGAUGCGCGUCGCUGGAAUCUGGACAAAUAA